UUGAGAGCAGUGAGCAGUGACGAAGCCUCUCAGGCUCUCAGGGCAGCUUCACUUGUUUUGUUCCUGCCAGAUUUCACCUGAAACACCUGAAACAUCGGAUUCCCUCCCAUCAUGCCCCUGACCAGAUCUCUGUCCAUGAGCUCACUGAGCGGCCUUCCUCUCUGGGAGGAAGAGGAGUUACCCGUGGAGGAUCUGCUGCUGUUUGAGAUAGCAUGGGAAGUCACCAACAAAGUGGGAGGAAUUUACACAGUCAUCCAGACCAAAGCUAAGAUCACAGUGGAUGAGUGGGGUGAGAACUUCUUCAUGAUCGGCCCUUACUACGAACACAACUUCAAGACCCAGGUGGAGAAAUGUGAACCUCCAAACGACGCCGUGAAAGCUGCCAUGGAGUCCAUCAACAACAACGGCUGUCAGGUUCACUUUGGCCGGUGGCUCAUAGAGGGCAGCCCCUAUGUGGUUCUGUUUGAUAUCGGAGCCGCUGCCUGGAACCUGGACCGCUGGAAGGGAGACUUGUGGAACACUUGUAGCAUCGGGCUGCCGUACCACGACCGAGAGGCCAACGACUCGCUCAUCUUCGGCUCGCUGGUGGCGUGGUUCUUUAAAGAGUUAACAGAUCAACUUCAGGGCAAACUCAACGUGAUCGCUCACUUCCACGAGUGGCAGUCCGGAGCUGGCCUCGUGCUCAGUCGCUCACGGAAUAUUCCCAUGGCCACCAUGUUCACCACACACGCUACACUUCUGGGGCGCUACCUGUGUGCUGGAAAUGUGGACUUCUACAACAACCUGGAUAAGUUCGAUAUAGACCGGGAGGCAGGAGAGAGGCAGAUCUACCACCGCUACUGUCUGGAGAGAGCCGCAGUGCACUGCUCGCACGUGUUCACCACCGUCUCGCAGAUCACAGCGGUGGAGGCCGACCACAUGCUCCACAGGAAACCCGAUGUAGUUACACCGAACGGUUUGAAUGUAAAAAAGUUUUCAGCCAUGCACGAGUUUCAGAACCUGCACUCGCUGAACAAACUGAAGAUCCAGGAGUUUGUGAGAGGACACUUCUACGGACACCUGGACUUCAAUCUGGAGAAAACGCUUUUCUUCUUCAUCGCCGGCCGGUACGAGUUUUCCAACAAGGGAGCCGAUCUCUUUCUCGAGGCGCUGUCCAGACUAAAUUAUCUGCUCCGGGUGCACAAGAGUGACGUGACGGUGGUGGUUUUCUUCAUCAUGCCGGCUAAAACGAACAACUUCAACGUGGAAAGUCUGAAAGGUCAAGCCGUGCGCAAGCAGCUGUGGGACACGGCGCAGUCGGUGAAGGAGAAGUUCGGCAAGCGCUUGUACGAGGCUUUGUUACGGGGCGAGAUCCCAGACAUGAACAAGAUUCUGGACAAGGAUGAUUUCACGAUAAUGAAGAGAGCCAUUUACGCAACGCAGAGACACACUCUCCCUCCAGUGACCACGCACAACAUGCUGGACGACACGACGGACCCCAUCCUGAGCAACGUCCGUCGCAUCGGCCUCUUCAACAGCCGCAACGACAGAGUCAAGAUUGUUUUCCAUCCCGAGUUCCUGUCCUCCACCAGCCCGCUGCUGCCCCUGGACUACGAGGAGUUCGUCCGCGGCUGCCACCUGGGAGUGUUUCCAUCUUAUUAUGAACCCUGGGGAUACACACCAGGCGAGUGCACGGUGAUGGGCAUCCCGAGCGUGACCACUAACCUGUCGGGGUUCGGCUGCUUCAUGGAGGAGCACAUAUCAGACCCGACUGCUUAUGGGGUUUAUAUCGUGGACCGGCGUUUCCGCUCAGCAGACGAGUCGUGUAAUCAGCUCACCCAGUUCAUGUUCACGUUCUGCCAGCAGUCACGGCGGCAGCGCAUCAUCCAGCGCAACCGCACCGAGCGCCUGUCCGACCUGCUGGACUGGAGAUACCUCGGCCGGUUCUACAUGCACGCCAGACGCCUGGCCCUCAGCCGAGCUUUUCCUGAGCAAUAUAAAAUGGACACGCUCGCACCUCCGCCGGCUCAAGGAUUCCGUUACCCCAGACCCCCCUCGGUCCCGCCCUCCCCCUCAGCCUCCCUCCACUCCACCCCGCAUCACAGUGACGCCGAGGACGAGGACGAUGAAGAUGAAGAGCAAGAACCCUAUGAUGAAGAAGAGGAGGCCGAGAGGGACAGAGUGAACAUCAAGUCACCCUUCACUCUCGGAUCUAUACCAAAGGGGAAGACGAAGCAACCGGGAGAGUACAGGAACUAAAAAUGCAACGCCCUUACCAUAUAUUUCCCCGCCCAUUUCUUCAACAUGCUCCGCCCCCUUAUUCAUCUCAACAUUAUUGAGAGACUUUUUAGUUUGUAGGAUGAAGCCUUCUGAUGUCAUGAAGUAGCUGCAUUUCUGAUUAUGUGUAAGAAUAAUUGUUGCGUGCAAAAGUUUGUGCCCCCAUAUAAAUCAAAUGCUAUAUAAAAUCACUUAUCUGAUCGAUUCUUUUAUGCAAUUCAAGGCAGUCAUUUUAAAUCCAGAGUGAAACACAUUUGUUAGAUUUUUAAAGCAGCAAAAACAACAAAAAAUAAUUAAACAUUAAUUCCUUAAACAUGAUGGAGCAUUACAGAUGCAGUGCAUGCAAAUCCAGUUUUAUUAAACACCACAAACACAUAGGAGGUUCAAAAUCUCUGUAUUGUACAUGAAAUAUGAGUUUACCUCAAACAAGCCCGAAU